UUGUUGGAGACUGAACCAUUGCGAGGAAGAGAUGAAGAUGCAGUAGCCAGUGCUGACUUCUCUAGCAUGCUCUCUGAGGAGGAAAGAGAGGAGCUAAAGGCAGAAUUAGUUCAGCUAGAAGACGAAAUUACAACAUUACGACAAGUUUUAUCAGCGAAAGAAAGGCAUCUGGUUGAGAUAAAACAAAAACUUGGCAUGAACCUGAUGAAUGAAUUAAAACAGAACUUCAGCAAGAGCUGGCAUGACAUGCAGACCACGACUGCCUAUAAGAAGACACAUGAAACCCUGAGUCACGCAGGGCAGAAGGCAACUGCUGCUUUCAGCAACGUGGGGACGGCCAUUAGCAAGAAGUUUGGAGACAUGAGCUACUCCAUUCGCCAUUCCAUAAGUAUGCCUGCUAUGAGGAAUUCUCCUACUUUCAAAUCAUUUGAGGAGAGGGUUGAGACAACUGUCACAAGUCUUAAGGUACAGAUGAAGUGAAUGUUGUGUCAUCGGGGCCAUUGAAUCAGGACAGCAUAGUUAUUGCUGCAGUUAGUUCCAAAGGUGGGGCUGCCAGGAUCUGGUGCAGUAAAGAAGGCAGCCAGCACAGUCAGUCUUCACAUACAAAUGUAUAAACAAAACCAGGAUUGAAUAGUGUUACUGUAGCCUUACAAAGUUGUUCAUAUAAACCACUAGGAAUGAAUUGUUUAAUAAAAGGAAUUGGGGUUUA